CGAGAAGAAGACCAAGAGCAGCACGUCUGUCUCAUUUCAUCGGGAAUGAUUCUAUUUAAGCCCUCUUCUCUUCUUCUCUCUAUUCUCUUCUUCCCUGACUCCACCUAGCUCCGAAUCAUCGUUCGAUUUCACCUGCCCUAAUUCUUUCUCCUCCUCCUCCUCCUUCGGAUUGGAUCAGCAGCUAGCGGCAGAGGAAGAAAAGGAAGGGCAUGGAAUUGCCGCCUGGCUUCAGGUUCCAUCCCACCAACGAAGAGAUAAUCAGUCACUACCUCCUGCCCAAGAUCCUCGACCACUCCUUCACCGCACUCGCCAUAGCAGAUGUCGACCUAAACAAGUGCGAGCCAUGGGAUCUUCCAAGCAAGGCGAAGAUGGGAGGCAAGGAGAUGUAUUUCUUCUGCCACAGGGAUAAGAAGUACCCAACGGGCACGAGGACCAACAGGGCCACACAGUCCGGCUACUGGAAGGCCACCGGAAAAGACAAAGAGAUCCACAAGGGAAAAGAUCUUCAUCCUCUUUUUCUUCGACAAGGUGCCCUUGUGGGCACGAAGAAGACUCUGGUGUUCUACAAAGGAAGGGCACCGAAGGGGGAGAAGACCAACUGGGUCAUGCACGAGUUCAGGCACCAAAGCAAGGAUGAAUGGGUUGUUUGUAGGGUGCUGGACAAGAACCCCUCGCAGUCGAAAAGCUUGCAGAGGAUCCAGUCCUUUGAAGAUGAGCUCCUGCUUCCUCCUCCUCCGCCUCCUGCUCCGAUGGCAAUGAGUUUCUCCGCUGUGCUCACGGCUGAAGAGAUCGACCGGCAGCUCCUCAUGAGCCUCCAAAAUCAGAGCUCUUAUUGCUCACUCCUCUGCGACUCGGGAGAUUACUUGCACCAAGAUGAAGAACUGUUAAGAGGCUUUGCCACUGCAUCAUCAUCUAGCACGAUGAAGCAGCUGAAGGUGGAGAACUCCUUUGGCGACGAAUACUACCACCAUGAAGAACAAUGGAGGAGUGAUCGAUUCUGAGAAUUCUGAGUACAUAUAUAUAUAUAUAUAUAUAUAUAUAUACAGACCAAUCUCUUGUUAAUUAGAAAGGAUAGUGAAAAUAAUUUUUUUUGUUUGUUUGAACUAAUGUUGGGGGUUUAAUUGUACUCUUUGUUUGUAUUAGUUGUGAUUAGGCUGUCUAAUUCAUGAUUUGUUUGAUUGUAAAGAGUGAAAUUUCUUUUUGGAAAUUAAAAAAUAAUAAUAAUUUUCACCAUUUUUGGAGUCUUA